AUGGUUGUGGUGAUUCUGCAACUCUAUCUGCGACCUUCACUGCUGAGUUGGUUACCAGAAGCACCUGGAUUGGGGUUGUCCAGCGAGGUUUCCUCCAAUUCCGCCCUUUGGAGUCCUUUACCACCGUCCAAUCACCUGGUCAUAGAGAGUGUAGUGGUCCCUGCAAUGCGGUUGUCCAUCUACCACACGGAACUCCAGUGCCAUGAUGUAGGCUGUGUACUCGGGGUGGGCGCUGACAGGUUGCUGGACCGGUCGCUCCUCUCCGCCCAUCAGCAGCCGACUGGUGGCUCAGCUCUCCGGCAUCCCUGCCUUUUGCAAAACAGAACGGUCCCGGGAAGCUCCAGCAACACAAGGUCUAAUGGUUUUUGCUCCUGCAACUGCACUAGAUCCCAGAACCAGGGCAUGGAUAUAUCUGAACUGGAGUUUGUUCAGAUAAUAAUAAUCCUCCUGGUGAUGACCCUCAUGAUAGUUGUGAUCAUCUGCCUACUCAGCCACUAUUGGCUGCCAGCCGUGGCCUUCCUCAGCAGAAUCAGCCACACCCAGAGAGACCAGGCCACACAACUGGUGGUGCAUGGUCAUCUAAACAGCAACCUGCCACCCUUAAUGCAGCAGCAGCAGCUGUGUCACUUCCAGCCUACCUACCCUUACCUGCAGCAGGAAAUCAUCAACCUCCCCCCCUUAAUCUGCCUGUCAGACGGGGAGGAGCUAUUGCCCUACAAAGGUCCCUGCAGUUUACAGCUCCGACACCCAGAGCAGCAGCUGGAGCUGAGCCAAGCAGCGGUGCGCGCUCCGCCAAACCGGACCGUCUUUGAUAGUGACCUCAUAGAUAUUUAUACACACAUGGGGAACUACCCCAGCUCCACAGCCUGUUACAGCCAGUACAGCAAUAAUGUGCCACCUACAGACAAUAUGUCAGGACAUGAAACUUCUCAGGCAGUGUUCCAUGCUGGCAGCAGUGGUCCAGACAGCACAACAAAGGCUUCCACUGACUUAAACAGCUGAUAGAAGAAAGAAGCAUUAGAGAAGAAAGAGGGGAGCUGAGUUUUAUUCUCCACAUUUCUUCAGUCACCUGAGGGGAGGGCAGUCUGUCUACCUUAGCUGUACUCCCUCAGUUAACAUGAACUAACUUCAAGAGCUUGUUAGUUUUUAUUAGGAAAUUAAAUCUCUGCUUUGGUUGUCUAUUUUUGUAUGCUUUACAUUUCUGUAUGCUGGCACUGUGGACAUUCCAACUCUGUUGUAAAGAGGACUGAGCCCAGUCAUAAAAGUAAUGAUUUUCUGUUUUGAUGUUACAGGCCUAUGGACAAACCCCUCUUAAAUUCAGAAAUUUGCACUGAAAUUAUUCACUGGGACGUACUGUGGUAUGUAAUCUGCUUGUGUUAUAUUUAUUUUUGAGUAAAGGAGCUCUUAAGGUAUAUAUUAUUAGGAAUAUUACUUGUUUUGUUGUCUGUGACAGAACACUGCUCCAGUCUGAAGGAUGCACAUUACAGGUAAGACUAGGAGCCUUUUUUGUGUUUCUGUUUGACAUUGCUGAGAAAAUGGUCCAUCCAGCCUUUAUAUGGAUGUCACCACCUUGAGCACUUUUAGCUUCUGAUUGAAGAAAAGACAGAAUUGUGGGAAAGUUAGUGUCCCUCUUUAAGUAAUGCAUAACAAUACUAAUUUGUCUUUCUCAGUGCCAUUGUUUUCCAACUGCAUUGAUCGAAUUUAUGCUUAUACUGAACCUCUGAAUUCAAAAGUACU